AUGCAUUUCUCCACCUUUCUUCAAGUUCUCGGUUUCUUGGGAUUGAUGAGCAGCACCAAUGCUCACCACAUGCUCACCAACAUCAUCAUUGGGGGAGUCGACCAAGGUGAUGGGAAUUCCAUGCUCAGAAAGGCUGUUUCCAUUGAUGCAGGGCGAUCUGUGACUUUACAGUGGCGCACCUGGCCGGAUGGAUCUCAAAAUGCACCGAUUGCUGAUUCUCAUCAAGGUCCGUGUGCUGUUUACAUGAAGAGUGUAAAUUCUUUUACUGAUCAGGCGCCGGCAAAUGGCCCUGGUUGGUUCAAGAUUUGGCAUGAUGGAUUCAGAGAUGGUGUGUUUUGUACCGAGAGAUUGAGAGCCUCUGGUGGAAAGAUGACUGUCACCAUUCCAAAGGAUCUUGCUGGUGGUCUUUAUCUUAUCCGUGCUGAACAUCUUGCUUUGCACCAAGCUCAAAACAUUGGUGGUGCUCAGUGGUACAUUGGAUGUGUCCAAGCUAGGGUUUACUCCACCGGCGGUAAUGCACGUCCUCAGGGAGUCUCUAUCCCUGGCCAUACUGAUGCAAAUCACCCGGGGGUCCACUUCGACUACUGGAACAACAUGAAGCCCACAUCUUAUUCUAUUCCAGGCCCAGCACCAUAUGUGGUAACCAACGCUGGUGGCGGUUCAAGGAUCCCCCAAGCAUUUCAACAGCAAAACCCAGCCUGCCGAGUCAGUAACGCAGAUUGGUGUUCAGCUGAUUUGCCUGAGUAUAAAGACGAGGGAUCUUGUUGGGAAUCUUGUGGAAACUGUUGGAAACAAGUGAAUGAUUGCUACAACACCGCUCCACCAACUGGUCACAAAGGCUGCACCCAAUUUGAGAAUUACUGCACAAAAGCACAGGAGCAGUGUAGGCAAUGUGGUUCUGGAACAGCAUGCCAUGGAUCCUUUCCCCCUGCCAAACGCAGCCUUUCUCUCAGCUCCGAUGGAGAAGGUACUCCUCAAAACCGCAAUGUCAAUAAGCAUACCCGCCGAACCACUGCCCCAGUCGCCUCCUCCGCUCCCGAGGCUAAGCCUAUGAGUAAAGAGACAAUGGGAAUCGAGAUUUGUGUCCUCACCCAGAAGAACUGCAAUAAUCACAAUGAUCUUCUUUUCUGUGGUCGCUUUGCGCAUGCGUGUGUCCAUGCGGUCGAGAAGUAUGCAGAGCAGUUCCCGGUUAAGGCCGAGAGAAAGUGGCAAGGCUUGUGGAUGUUUCAAACCGUAUGUGAUAACGAGGAUUUGAGUAAGGAUGCCUGCAGAGACAAAUAUUCAAAGGCAAUGGAGGGAUUUGAGUAG